CCCUUUCUCGCCCUAUGGAUUCUGGUAAGCUUCAGCUCAAAAAAUCCAGACGCAUAGCACCAACCAGACCCCAUAAAUGACGUGAAAAUAAAAACAACGCCCCGCUUCUCCACCAACCCCUCUUAUCUCUCUCCUAAUAAUACUCCUCCAAGUUCCCUUCACCUCUACUCCACUUCCUACUCCCUCCGAAAACACCACCCCACCCUCCUCCAAAUCCCCUCAAACUCCCUCCCUUUUCUCCUUCCUAUUUUAACCUCCCAUGCCGGAGCUCAGAGCUUCCCACCAUAAACCCAGAAGCUAUUUCCCCUCCCACCCUUCCUCCUCCUCCCCUCACAUGAAGCUCCUCCCCAGAAGAACCCACCCCCACCACCACUACGACAAAGCCCUCUACCUCAAAAAGUACUCCAAAUGGCUCCUCUGGCUCGGUCUCUCCAUCUACCUCUUCUCCUCCUCCUCUUCCACUCUCUUCCCUCGCCCCACCCCCACUUCCCUCCCCCAAACUACCCUCCCCCUCAAAACCACCCCUCGUGCCCUCAUCGAAGCUCGUAAUACUUCAACUUCUCCUCCCUUCAAGAUCUAUGUCUACGAUCUGCCCUCCAGGUUUAAUAGAGACUGGCUGGCCGACCAGCGGUGCGAGACCCAUUUGUUCGCGGCGGAGGUGGCGCUCCACGAGGCGUUCCUCGACUUCCCCCACCGCGCUCUCGACCCCAACGAUGCCGAUUUCUUCUUCGUCCCCGUCUAUGUGUCUUGUAAUUUUAGCACUCCGAAUGGAUUCCCUUCGCUUCGCCACGCCCGCCCCCUCCUCGCCUCCGCCGUGGAGCUCAUCUCCUCCCAGCUCCCCUUCUGGAACCGCUCCCGCGGCCGCGACCACCUCUUCGUCGCCUCCCACGACUACGGCGCCUGUUUCCACGCCAUGGAGGAUAGGGCGAUCGAGAAUGGGAUCCCUGAGUUCUUGAAGGAGUCCAUUAUCUUGCAGACGUUUGGGGUGCGGACGCCGCAUGUGUGCCAGGAGGUGGAGCACGUGCAGAUACCGCCGUACGUGCCGCCGGAUAUUGAACGGUGGCCGGCGCCGGAGACGGCGAAGAGGGACAUCUGGGUGUUCUUCCGGGGAAAGAUGGAGGUCCAUCCCAAGAACAUCAGCGGCCGGUUCUACGGCAAGAGGGUGAGAACCGAUAUCUGGAAUCGAUACAACACCAAUCCUCGGUUUUAUCUCCGAAGAAAGCGGUUCGCGGGCUACCGGUCGGAGAUCGCGCGGUCGGUGUUCUGCUUGUGCCCCCUCGGGUGGGCCCCGUGGAGCCCACGCCUGGUGGAGGCGGUGGCGCUGGGCUGCGUUCCCGUCAUCAUCGCUGACGGAAUCCGCCUCCCGUUCCCGGCGGCUGUCCGGUGGUCGGAGAUCUCCCUCACGGUGGCGGAGCGCGACGUCGGCGAUCUGGAGCCCAUUCUGGACCACGUGGCGGCCACCAACCUCUCCGCGAUCCAGCUCAACCUGUGGGACACGGCCAAGCGGCGUGCGCUGCUCUUCCACCGUCGGAUCGAGGUGGGCGACGCCACGUGGCAAGUGCUGAAGGAGUUCGAGGGGAAGCUAGAUCGGUCCUGGCGGCGGGGGCGGGACCACCAAUUACGAGUCGACUCGUGGAGGUAGAAACUCGGGGCGCUUUUCCUGAUAUGCUGGCUGUGGGUUGGGGACAGCUGGCGGUUUCUUGGGUUGCUCGAGCGGGGACUGAGAGGAGGAGGUGGGACUCACUGCUAAAUAAUUGCUGGUUUGCUGAGCUGGCAUCGCCGUGGGUAGUACGACCAGUGAGAGGCUGUACAGGGUCCACGAGAAACUUAUACUUUAUUUUGCAUUUUUUCAAAAGAGAGAAGAAUAAAAAGAGUAAGUAAAUAAAUAAAUAAAUAGAAUUUAGUUUUUUUUUGAUAAGCAAAUAGAAUUUAGUUUUAGAAAAGGAAUCUCCUUUUGGUGAAUAAUUGAGUGUAGAGGUAUAGUUUUCUAUAUUUAAUAAUGGGAAAUGGUUGGCUGGAUGAUGAAAUUAUUAGGUGGUGGAGAGUGGGUGUGCAAAAGUGGGCAGGAUAUAAUAAUUAUCAAUUAAUUUAAAUAUAAAUGUAAAAGUGCGGUUGGUUCCUUUUUCGGUCAGAUAGGUUUUGCUGGUAGUCUUUUUUAUAUUAUAUUUAUAUUUAAUAUAUCUUGGUACUUCAACUUUUCCCUUUUUUUUUUUUUUUUUGAGAAAAAGUAUAUGUCCCUUUUGCAUUCUAUAUAAGAUAUUAUGCGUGUUUGGCUGCCUCUGUGCAUUUGGAAAAUUUGAUGAAAUAAAUAAUAUUAGUGAAAUUUAAUAAGGUAAACACGUAGGUAACGUUAUUGGAACUAAUAUUAAUUUAAUUAUUUUAAAUAGUAUUAAAUAAAACAUUUGGUAUUUUGUUCCGUCAAUCAUUAGAACCGGCUUUCGUUGUCGUCCGCUGGUUGUAAUGAGUGGAUUUUUGAGCUGCCGCGAGAUGGAUUUUGAGCUGCCAGUUUCGAAUGCGAUUCAUGGAGAAAAAAUGUAGGAGAACGUGGGAUAUUCGCUACAUCCCCUCUCUCGAGUGCCGGGGCAUCAGCCACCAACCAAAAGACGAACGCAUCCAUCCACCCAACUAUGAGAAGUGGACGGCGUGAUCAAACUAGGCCCACGAUACCUACCUAUUGAAAUAUUGUAACUAGGGGCACAAUUACUUAAGGUUCGUUUUUUUUUUUUUUUUCCUAAAAAGCAAUGUACCUAGAUAGCUUGUCGUACAGGACAUCGCACUAAAUAGGAUUCGCCCUUGUGGGAAUCCACUAU